CACACACUAGCAAUGGGUUACGAUCUGGCCCGGUUUCAAGGUGACGUCGACGAGGAACUGAUCUGUCCCAUCUGUUCCGGUGUGCUCGAGGAACCGCUGCAGGCCGUUGCCUGCGAACAUGCAUUUUGUCGUGGCUGCAUCACAGAAUGGCUAUCCCGCCAACCAACUUGUCCCGUUGAUCGUAACCCGAUCACAAACAACAAUCUCCGCGCCGUGCCAAGAAUUUUGCGCAAUCUGCUCUCCCGGCUGAACAUAACCUGCGAAAACGCUAUGUACGGCUGCACUCUUAUACUGAAGCUGGACACGCUGGCGUCGCAUAUCGAAGAGUGCGAGCACAAUCCAAAACGGCCACUACCGUGCGAGAAGGGCUGUGGUUUCGUCAUACCGAAGGACGAGUACAAGGAUCACAAUUGCUUCCGAGAGCUCAGGUCACUGGUGCACAGCCAGCAGCAGAAGAUGGGCGAGCUGAAGAACGAAAUCAACGAUCAGAAUCUGGUGAUAAAUGAGCUGAAGCGAGAGCUAAAUUUGGUGAAGGAUUUUAUGCGAGCGAUGCGCGUAUCCAAUCCCGCCAUGCGUGCCAUUGCGGAUCAGAUGGAGCGGGACGAGGUGAUGCGAUGGUGCAAUGGGCUGGCAAGGGCUCGGGUGACACGCUGGGGUGGUAUGAUCUCCACGCCGGACGACGCACUGCAGCUCAUGAUUAAACGAGCCCUGUCCGAGUCGGGAUGUCCGCCGCAUAUACUUGACGAUUUGAUGGAAAAUUGCCACGAACGUCGGUGGCCGCGGGGUCUCAGUUCGCUGGAAACGCGACAAAACAAUCGCAGGAUAUAUGAAAAUUAUGUUUGUCGGAGAGUUCCGGGAAAACAAGCCGUACUGGUCUUACAAUGCGAUAAUACGCAUAUGAACGAAGAUGUGAUGGUGGAACCAGGACUAGUAAUGAUAUUUGCCCAUGGCAUCGAAUAA